AUGGUUCUCUCUCAAAGGAAGUAUGCAAUUGAUCUUCUCACGGAGACAAGUAUGUUGGGGUGUAAACCUGCAGUUACACCAAUCGACCAAGGAUUCAAGAUGAGCACAGAGGCUGGAGAACCAAUUGAUCGCGAGAGAUACCAGAUAUUGGUAGGCAAGUUGAUCUAUCAGAGUCACACGUGUCCUGAUAUCUCUUUUGCAGUGAGCAUGGGACUGAUAUUUAGGAAGAAUGGUUAUGUGAGCAUUGAGGGGUACUGCAACUCUGAUUGGGCUAGCUGUUUCGAUGAUAGGAGAUCCACCUCGGGUUACUGUAUCUUUGUAGGUGGUAACUUGGUCUCUUGGAAAAGUAAGAAGCAAUCUUUGGUGGCAAGAUCGAUAGCGGAAACAGAGUACAGAGCUAUAGCUUUGGGAGUUGCAGAGUUGUUAUAG